GCCGCCCACCCAGGAGUAAAUGGCGGCUCCUCCCUCCGUUCGCCUCCACCACCAACCAUCCUCCUGCCGCCGACUGCCCGCUCCCACCAACCAUCAGUUCCACGCGACGAGAUGCCGGUGGCGGCGGCUUCCCGGCGUGGCGGCUCCUCCCCUUCGCCACCGCGCCACGGGCGCCGCCCAGCCGUUCGAUAGCAACGAUUCGUUGCCACGCGCGGCUGAGGUCGACGAAAGGGAGGAUAAGCAGCAGCAGCCGCGCCUCAAGAUCGCCGUGGUUGGGUUCGGCAACUACGGCCAGUUCCUGGCGCGCACGCUGGUGGCGCAGGGCCACACCGUCCUGGCCCACUCCCGCUCCGACUAUUCUGCCGCCGCCGCGACCCUCGGCGCGCGGUUCUUUCCCGACCCGCACGACCUCUGCGAGUGCCACCCGGACGUGCUGCUCCUCGCCACCUCCAUCCUCUCCGCCGAGGCCGUCGUCCGCUCGCUCCCCGUGCACCGCCUCCGCCGUGACACCCUCUUCGCCGACGUGCUCUCGGUCAAGGAGUUCCCCAAGAACCUCCUCCUCGGCGCGCUCCCGGAGGAGUUCGACAUCAUCUGCACGCACCCCAUGUUCGGCCCGGAGUCCGCGCGCGACGGCUGGGCCGGCCUCCCCUUCGUGUUCGACAAGGUCCGCGUCGGCGACUGCCCCGCCCGCCGCGCCCGCGCCGACGCCUUCCUCGACGUGUUCGCCCGCGAGGGGUGCCGCAUGGUGGAGAUGCCCUGCGCGGAGCACGACGCGCACGCCGCCGGGACGCAGUUCCUGACGCACACCGUCGGGAGGAUGCUCGCCAUGCUCGAGCUCCGGUCCACGCCCAUCAACACCGAGGGGUACGAGACGCUGCUCCGGCUGGUGGACAACACCUGCAGCGACAGCUUCGACCUCUACAACGGCCUCUUCAUGUACAACAAGAACUCCACCGAGCUGCUCAACCGCCUCGAGUGGGCCAUGGACGCCGUCAAGAAGAAGCUCUUCGACGGCCUGCACGACGUGCUCCGGAAGCAGCUGUUCGACUUCGAGGACUCGCCGGCCGAUCCCACCGAGCUGCUGGUGGUGGGUGGCGAUCUGGACACCCACGACGACGAGGACGACGGGGACGCCGUCGACGGCGACGAGUCGGGAUCGGAGGGGGAUAAUUGAUCGCGGCGGUCGGUCUGGCGUAAUGGCACGUCAAUCUCUCGCGGUCCCCUGCGGGGCACAGCUUGCUUGUUGAUCUUAUCCUGGCAGACAAAGUGGUGAUGAACAGAUGAUCGAACGCGGCAUUCUUGCUGGUGUAUCCAAAGAUCGUCGAAAUGAAAUCUUUGUCUUUGCGCCAUUUUCAGUGGAUUUAA